CGUUAUGAUGUCUGCAGGUUUGUUUGUGUAGUCCGUGAUUCCUCUGAUGAUGUCGUUCAUUUUCUCUUCGUUAUCCAUAAUGUUCCCAAACCGUUGAUAUCCCAACUUUCGAUGAUUUGUUCCUUGUGUCUUCUAAUCUACGUUGCCUUCCUUUGCAUUUGCCCAGAAUCUAAAGACCUCCAUCGUAGAGGGAAUGGGAGGGAGAUGUGGCUUGGGACAUGCAUGGAGAAAUACGGUGCAAAGGGGGAGACUGCAUCAGGUGGAAAAGAAGCACUUGAGAAGACAAAGAUUACUAACUUUGACCUUAUUCUGAUGGAUUUGCAGUUAUACUCGGAGACUACUGCAGCUGAACUUCGCAAAUGGGAACAGGAGGAAGCCGCCCGCCAGCAGGCAAUCCAACGCCAAAUGGCAGAGGCCGAGGCAGCAUGUCAGCAGGCCGCAGCAGAAGCUGCAGCAGCCGCACGGUUGCAACAGCAGCAGGUCGAGGAGAGUCAGAAUCAAGCUCGUUACCAGGCUACAAUGGAGCUCGCCAACGAAGAAGCCACGUACCGGCGGAUACUUCGACAACAGCACUUUCGAGCGAACGAAGAACAAGAGGAGCCGACCGAGGAAGAGAGAAGCAAGGAGGAAAUAGCAGUACUAAUGGAACACAUGUUGUACACGUGCAAUUCGCAGGAAUGCGAGCUGCUGGCCAUGCGACAGACCUUCAUCCGCCACGAAGCAACGUUUCGGACGCAGGAACAGAAGAUCACCGCCUUGCAGAACGCGAACAGUCAGCUGCAGACCACUGUCAGCACAGGGUUGGCACGAGUGUCUGCAGUUGAGUCGACAAGCAGUGCAGUGGCAGACUGCAGCCCAGCUUUGGCCGCGCAGGCCAAGCAACUCGAGGAGCGGAUCAACCACGUAGUCACAUCCCUUGGCGACAUCAGCACGUUUGCUGGGACGUCUACGGUCAGCAAUCAGCUGCAGACGCUCAGCGACCGCGUUCAACAAGGAAUGGUCGCCGUCGUCAAGGAAUGGAAGAUGCCGAACUUCAAGAUUGAGAAGUUCGACAACUACCGCAAGACUGAUCCGUUGCAAUGGUGGAUGGCAUUCAACACGGAGACAUAUCGCAUGCCUCAACAAGGACAAGGAAAACGUCAAGCGUCCAAUCUCGGGAAACUGAGCACCACGGGAAGUGAAGCGACAUCACUCUCCAAUCCGCCGGACUCGGCUGCCUUUUUAGCAGUCUCUCUCACGUCCGAGGAUGAUGCGGUAGUCGCAAGUUCUCGGAUUGACUUCCAGAACUAUGCUGUCGAGUUGGUCCUGCCGUUGAACCAGCCUCUCCACGUGCAAGAUUCAAGCGCAUGCGCGGUGUUACCGCCGUCGGACAACGAACCGGUUGCUUCGCCAACCCUUCUAUCGGAGGAUCCGUCAACUUGGGCGAGUCUUGAGGAACUCGACCCGUUGACGGUUGAGGACUUCCAAUGGUUGCCUCUUCCCUCCACCGGUUCUUUGGCAACACCACACUGCAACGCCUUGAUGGCACAUUUGUGCGAAUACUUGCACGCUGCAGUACCACCUCCGUCGACGGACGGCGGAGUAGCGGUUGUUGAUCUUCGUAGCUAUCUUGCGAAGAUCGACCGCGAGCACGCAACGGAACGGUACAUCGACAUCGACGCGCCGCUCCUCUACAUUCGCAUUCAGAUCGGAAAGGCGACCUGCAGUGCCUUGAUCGAUUGUGGAGCGUCUCGCAACUACAUGAGCCAAGACAUCAUGGCACGCGUCGGGCUAGGCCCGCACGUUCGAAGGAAAAGUCAGCCUACGCACGUCACGUUGGCCGAUGGUCACAUGCAAAAAUCAAUCGACCGUUGCGUUGACUCCGUGCCCGUGUACGUUGCCCCGCUUGCAUGCGAGACCAUGUCGUUCGACAUAUUGGACACUAAGUUGGACAUGAUCUUAGGCAUGCCAUGGCUGCAAAGCGAAGACCAUCCGUCCCCCUUGGUGCCCUUCGAGUUCAACGGCGAAGCUCAGCACGCGUUCCACACGCUGAAGUCGGCUUUGCUCCAAGCUCCCGUCUUGAGCAUCUACGACUCGACCUUGCCUACCAAAGUGACUACGGACGCUUCCGGCUACGACAUUGGCGCGGUUUUGGAACAACAUGACGGCACAGACUGGCAUCCGGUUGAAUACUUCAGCCAAAAGGUGCCGCUUAUCAAUUCACUUGAUGAUGUGAGGAAGAAGGAACUGCUAGCUGUUGUCACCGUACUUGAGCGUUGGCGUCACGUUCUCCUCGGGUGUCAGCAAUUCACGUGGGUAACGGACAACAAUCCGUUGACUUAUUACAAGAUGCAAGACGCGGUGAGCACCACGACCGGUCGGUGGAUGUACUUCAUUGACUUGUUCGACUUCACCUCCAAGCAUAUUCCGGGCCCCUCGAACAAGGCAGCGGAUGCUCUCUCGCGAAGAGCCGAUCUUUGCGCCUUGGUGCACUCCACAUUCGGCCUUGACGAGGACCUGCAACAGCAUUUCGUAAACGGCUACAAGUCGGAUCCGGGAUUCUCCACACUCUACGCGGACUUAUCAUCGGAUCACCCGCCGGCAAGCAAUUAUCCCAUUGUCGACGGCUACUUGCUUCUUCAUACACGAGGCAAGGACUUGUUGUGUGUUCCCCAAGACCGCAUCUUGCGCACUCGCCUCCUUGGCGAAUACCACGAUUCGCAGCUGGCGGGACACCUUGGCGUCCAACGCACACUUGCACGACUCCGCCAGCGAUUUCACUGGCCGGACAUCAUCAGCGACGUCAACCGGUACAUUCAGUCAUGUGCAGUUUGCCACCGGAACAAAGGGCGCCAUCAGCUCCCGUACGGCGAACUGAAACCAUUGCCGAUUCCUCGGGAACUAGGUCUCUCCAUUGCUAUGGAUGUGACCGGUCCUUUCCCUCGCGAUCGCCCUGGCCAUGAUGGUAUUCUCAUGGUCGUUGACCGUUUGAGCAACCACGACGUUCCGGAAGACAUCGUCAACGACCGCGACACUCAUUUGAUGUCAGCCUUUUGGACGACACUCAUGGUGGAAUCCGGCACCAGCAUGAAACCGAGUUCCGCACGGCAUCCUCAAACGGAUGGGCAAACGGAACGUGCGCACCAGACUGUGCAGAUGAUGUUCCGCACGCUCAUCAGCCCGGAUCAGAAGGACUGGGUUGACUGCCUUCCCGACAUCAAGUUCGCCUUCAACACUUCGGUGCACCCGGCGAUCGACGUGACUCCCUUUGAGUUGCAUCACGGUGGACAGAAAGGCUGUAUCUUCGCAGACAUCUUGCUUCCCGCUUGCUCCCCCGCUUCUACAAGGAAGUACAGGGAACUGCUGGCCAAAGCACGCGCAAAUAUGCAAAAGGCUCAGGUCCGUAUGCAGCAGCAAGCGAAUCGGCGUCGCAUCCCAUGUCCAAUCUGCGCCGGCGACCUUGUUUGGGUCACCUCCGAGGAAUUCGCGCUCGAGCAGCACGUCUCGCGUAAGCUCCUCCCUAAGUGGCUUGGUCCAUGGAAGGUCACUUCAGCAGCUGGUGACGACCCCGCGGGUCCCUCUUUCAUAACCGAGAUUCCCCCGCAUUUGACGGUCCACCCAGUAUUUCACGCUUCAAAGCUGGCGGUCUAUACUCCAGCCUCAGCAGCGGAUUUCCGGGGCAGACGGUCACAUGACCCUCCAUCAAUGGAUGGUCACCAGGAGGUCGACCGCGUCCUUGCUCAUCGCAAACACGGCAACAAGCCAAUGCAGUACAAAGUUACAUUCAAGCAAUGCGAUCUCGACGACACACGCUGGAUUUCACGAGCUGACCUGAAGGCGACAACACCCCUCACCUUCGCGCAUUACGAAAAACAGGGACUUGCUAAGGAAGCUGCCUAACCCGCCUGCCCCGUACGGACAUCGGACARAC